AUGCUAUUAGUGCCCAAGUCCAAAUGCUCUCUGUUCCGGCAAGACAAGAAGAAGAAGAGCGAUGCCGAAUCAGAAGAUGAGAAGGAAGACUCCAAGGCAAAAAAGGCAAAGAAGAGCACUGAACAAGAUGCAGCUGAGGACAUCAAUGAAGAGGAUGAGCUGUUGUAUAUGCAAGCCAUGGACAUGGAGGAAGGCAAUUGCAAUGAUAUGGACGAUGCAGUAUCGCAUGAUGAGAGAAACAGCACUUGUGGUGAUGCAAAGCCCAUGGUAACAUCAUCAGUGCCGGCACCAGCGUGCACAAAGAGGUCCAGCGCAGCAACAGCUACUGAUUCUGAUUUGCACCAGCCAAAGCAAAAGAUUCAGAAGACCAGCCUGCAAGUGGCUUUGAAGUCAUCGCCGCAAAAGAAGGGUCAGAAGGCUACACCACCUGCACCAGGGCCGGCCUCACAGGCAAAGGCUGCAGCACCAGGCGCAACUUCUUCUCAGCAUCCAGCUGCAGCUCCACCCCUACCCAGUGCAGGUGCCAGCUCUGCUCCUGCCACAAGGCAUGUGACGCCUGCCAGCCCUCCGCCAACAAAGGUGGAUGCCACCACUGGUAUUGAAUUGGUCUCUCGCAAGCAUUGGUCUCAGUGCCAGCCAUUCAAAGCGGAUGAUUUUGCAUCAACUGCUGCUGGAUCGCCAUUGGCCAUGCCGACCAAGUACAGCAAGGACACGCAGAAAGCCAAGUGGACGGCAGAAGUCACAAAGAUCAAGCCGUUCAUUUGCACUCUGGAGCGAAUGCUGUCGUCAGAUGGAGGAAAAGUCAAAGACACAGAGCUUAAGAAUGCUGUCAAAGCCUUUCAGAAGAUCAAUUCCAGGGUCGACAAAAGGUUGGAGUUUGAGCCAGCAGCAGCCACUGCGCAAGAGCCUACCUUCAGUGCAAGGAUCAUGGCUCUCAAAGAUAUGUUCGAAGCGGUGAAGUCUUUGAAGGAGACAGCCAUCUCUUCUGGUAAGUCGGGAUCGAUUGCCGAGGAUAUUUUGAAAACCGCCAUUGAGAGGAUCAAUGCUUCCGUGGAGAAAUUGGUUGCAGACACGUGGAUUGGUUAUCCGCUGCAUUGGGUUCAGGCUUGGGUCACUGCUGCAGUGAAGCCCAAAGUUGAAGAUUGUGCAGUGAUGGAUGCAAGUGCUGGAGCGAAGCUGCAUCAAAUCUUGUUUUUUCCGCCACCGCCUGAAGAUCCUCAGACAGAGGUAUGGCCGCAUAUCAGACUUUAUUUCUUUUGCCCUGGCUCUUUGACCGUGGCAUCGCAGGUGGAGAAGGUUCUGAAAAUGCAGAGCAAGUGGAUUCUGCAGACUUUGCUUCGCAUCUUGGGCUCCCCAACAUUUGAUGCGGCAGUUACCUCUCUACAGGCAUUCUUGCCCAAGUCAAUGGUUCAUUUUGAGGAAGCGGUCUUGUCUCCUUCUUUAGCUGCAGCUUUGAAGGUUUGGCACGGCUUGGUGCAUUCAUUGAAAGGCGACAGAGUGGCAGACUUGGAGAACAUCUUGCAAACUGCAUCUGCUGUGGUGAUAUCCAAGACGAUACAGGUCUACCACAAGCCAAUCACCCGUGUUUCCUCAAUGACCCACUACAAACGGAUUCUCAAAGAAUGUCACGAGCUACUUGUGAAAGAGAAGCUUGACAAAGAGGCGACCCAGAAAGCCAAUGAGUUGCAAGGGCUCAUUGAUCGCCUGUCUCCCAUGGACUCUGAGCUGGCAGAAGCUAGUGGCUUUUGCUUCGACAAGGUUGAGGUAGCUCUGAAGGACUGCAUUCUGUUGAAGGAGACAGCUUGCUUGCUACCUUCUGACCCGGAAAGUUCACACGGAGAAACCAAGGAUGCAGCCUUGACAUUGUUCAGUACUUUGUCUUCCAGGAUUGGGCAGUACACGGUCAAUGGCAUUUUGACAGCACUGUCAAGCCCAGAUUUGAAGGCUUCAACUUCAGAUUCGAAUGGUGGCAGUGGUGUGUCAAUCCCAAUGCCGUUCAUGAAGCUUCGCGAUUUUGUCCACGGAAAUUGUGAUCUUAGUAUGAUGGCUGGCAGAGUCAACCCCAAGGCAUGCGGUGCCAAACUUAUGCAGUUCUUGCCCUUCAGUGAGAGGUCUUUCCUGGUCUAUGUGGCUGAUUUCGUAGAGGCUUUGAUUCAUAACGGAAAACUGCCCCGAGAGGAAGAGGAUGUCCUAUUCCCGUUUGCUGAUGAGCUUAGAUACCUUUCUUUUGUCUAUGCAGUCUUUGACACCAAUCGAUGUCCCAUUGCAGAUGUGGUCACAGCCACAGAGGAGAUUCGGUUGCUCUUGGGGACUUCAGCAAAGCGUGUUGCUAUGACAAUCCUGUCGCACCUGGACGGCGGCAAAGUGAGUGAGUCUGACUUGGACACCCUUGGCAGCCUCCACAUCCAGAUCAAGCCGUGGUUGGACCUCAACGAUGCUGAUGUUCAGCGCAAAUUCAACACCUUCCUGAACAGGAAGAAUUCUUCAUGGGGAACAGAGAUGACUGGUCCUGCAGAAGCUCUUUGUGAAGCAGUGGUGAGCUUGCAGAGCUUGAUUGGUGUGAAAGGGGCUUUGCUGGAUACUACGCUUUCGGCUUGUUCCAUUGAAAAGAUGCAGGAAAUUUCUGCAGGAUUGACUACUUUGGGAAGUGCCUUUAGGGAAUGUGAUGGCAAGUUUACAGCUUGGCAAAAAACCGUCGAUGAGUCCACACAGUUGAGUGACACGAUCAAGGGCCUGGCGGAAGAGGCUGAUUUGCUGCUGAGUAGAGGGAAGAUCAUUUUGGCAUGCCAAUCAGGCUUCUUGUCAGCAGUGUGGAAAGCUCAAGGUGAACUUACAAAUUGA